GCGUGGAAGAUCUGGAACCAACGCCGCAAGGACCUGCGCGCACAUGGACUUGGGUGGUGUUUGCCUGCGCAUGGUCGACCAUGAUGGUAAAUACCGGCACCUUCUCCGCCGGCGCUGCGACGCUGAGUCUCGGUCUCUCCGUGCACGAAACACUGGCGGGCCAGGCGGUGGGUGCCUUUCUGCUUGCUGUUGGCUUGUCCCUGAACGCUGCACCGGGCGUCAAGUACGGAAUUCCUUUUCCCGUCCUGGCACGCAGCUCCUUCGGAAGCGGAGGCGCGCAUUUCUGCACCCUCACACGCGGGGCCGUGGCCAUAAUGUGGCUCUCGUUCCAGUCAUGGCAGGGUGCCUUGGGACUCUAUGCAGCCCUCGUGCGCUGCGUGGGGAAGGAGUCCGUGCAGUACUGGGGAAAGCUUGGCGCAGAACUCGAUGUCGUGAAGCUGACCAUCUUUUUGGCUUACCUGAUGAUGCACGCAGCGCUCAUCCAGCUGGGUUUCCAGAAGCUGAAGCGUGCAGUUUACUGGACCCUACCGGGUCUCAUCAUCGGCAUGGCCGGUAUCGCUGUUUGGGCAGCUACCUUGAGUCCGAUCUCAGAAGCCCUGGAAGCUGCGGAGGAGAAGGGACCCGACCACAUCGAAGGAUCUAAGGCCGUGGCCUUCAUGGCGGCGGUGAACUCCAGCCUCGGUAGUUGGUCAACUCUGCUUCUGAACGUUUGCGACCUUAGCCGCUUCUCUCCCACACAGAAGGACCAGGUCUGGGGACAAGCGGUGGGAGUGCCGGUGCCCUUUCUCGCCACCCUCUUUGUCGGAAUGUGGGUUGCUGGAGCCACGAAAGUCGCCUUCGGCAGCGCCGUCUGGCAGCUUCCUUCGAUAUUCGGCCACUGGCAUCCAGUGAUCAGUGUUCUGGGCGCACUGGUGCUGUCCAUCGGGACGCUGGUUGUAAACAUCUUGGCCAACAUCCUGUCUCCCAUCAACGACAUCAUGAACCUGGCACCGAAGCGCUUCACCUACCGCGGCUGCGGCUUCUUCGUCCUUCUCCUCUCUUUCGCUGUUUGCCCCUGGUGGACCUUCUCUGGCAAGGUCUCCUUUGUGCUCAGCUUUCUCUCCGGCUACGCCAUGGUCACGGGCGCCAUCGCUG